AACAAAACAAGUUGAUAUUUGAUAGAUUAUUUGCCCGGUACACACGAGUUUUCACAAAAUAACAAAUCAUGACGAUCAUAAAAGUAGCAAAUGAGGGUGAGGUGAUCAGUAAGCUAAGUAUGUAUGUGGAGAAAAUAUCGAACGACGCUAUUUACAAUCGGGGCAAGUUUUACAUUGGGUUAUCAGGUGGGUCGGUGCUAAAAUUCCUCUGUGAAGGUCUACCGAAGGUCAACACAGUGUGGUCGAAAUGGACCCUGGCGUUCUGCGACGAGCGAGUAGUACCAGAAGAUAGCGAGGACUCCACUUUCGGAGUUUACAAGAGGGAACUUAUACCUAAGACUGAAUUAAAAGAGGAGCAAUUUGUUGUAUUGAAACAGGGUGUCUCUGCUGAAGAAGCAGCAAAAGACUACACAGAAAAACUAAAAUCAGCCUUCAACAGUGAAGAAUUCAAAUUUGAUUUGCUCCUCCUGGGCAUGGGUCCCGAUGGCCACACUUGCUCCCUGUUCCCGGGACAUCCACUGCUGGAAGAAACCGGCUUGAAGGUGGCGGCCAUCACUGACUCUCCAAAACCACCUCCGGCAAGGAUCACAUUGACAUUCCCUGUUAUAAACUCUGCAAGGAAUUGUAUUUUUGCUAUUAGUGGGGCAGGGAAGGCAGACAUGGUCAAGCGUAUCCUAAAGGAUAAAGAGGACCUGCCUUCAGCUCGCGUGAAGCCGCAAGGCGCGCUGUACUGGAUCGUCGACAACGCCGCCGCCGCGCACAUAUGAAUAUGAAUGUUGCUGACAUUGCAAUAAGAUUGACAUUAGGGUACACAGUCAAGAAAUUAGUUUUCUGUGCCACUUUGUACCUUGUUACAGUGAAAUAAAUGAGAAAGCAGCUAUUAGGGGUUUCAUAGUAUUGUCACUGUGACAAAAUACGAUGUGGCACAGAAAUUAAUUCUUUGACCAAACCUUAUAUUCUAAAUCUGCCCUUAUUGCAAUGCCUUAUUGUCUAAUAACGUUAAUACAUGGUUAAUACAAUUAUGAGUGAACAUGAUGAGAUAAAAAAUGUGAUAAGUCAAAAAUAUUUCAUAGUGAAUAAUCAAGUGAUCAAAGACAGCGAUUUUUUAUGCACAAGUGCUAGAAAAUUUUAGACCGACUUUAUAUAUUUGAUUCACAUUAAAUAAAAAUAUUCAGAGCUGCAUUUAAUGUAUCACAGGCCGCUUACUGCAUUUAGUCUUAUCCACCUUAUGAUAGAAUCUGUUACAGUCUGUUCUGCCUUUAAUCUUUGAUGUUGUAGUUAAAACUACUUGUGGUGAAAGGGUGUUUGUGAACUUUUUUAUAAUGUUGUCAUAUUUCUAGGGUUUUAUACAUUCUUGUUAAAUAUUGUUUUUCAAAUAAAACUGGUAAGUUUGU